AUUGAACAUCACUCUUCUCCUUUCUUUUUUGUAUUGCACAACAAUGACAAUGAACGACCCCCUGCCCGCCUGGAAACCCACCGUCUACGCCAAACGCCAGGCCCAACUCGCCGCCAUCCCCGAAGCCUGGCGUCUCCCGUCCAUCCCCAAAGACAUCGACACCCUGACGUCCAUCCGCACCUGCGGCAUCUUGACUGCGCAGGAACUCCAAUGGACCGAAGCCACCGAGACCACCGAGCUUUUGCGCUUGUUAGCGUCCCGCCAGAUCAGCGCUGUGCAGCUGACGACGGCAUUCUGCAAGCGCGCCGCCAUCGCGCAGCAGCUGACCAAGUGUCUGACGGAGAUCUUUUUCGAUCGGGCGUUGGCGCACGCACAGAAGCUGGAUGAGGAGUUGGAACGCACGGGGAAGGUGACUGGUCCGUUGCAUGGAUUGCCUGUGUCGAUCAAGGAUCGGUUUGAUCUGGAGGGGUUUGAUACUACGGUUGGUUGGGUUGGACUCGUUGGCAAACCGGCGAAGAAAUCCAGCUCGAUUGCUGUCUUGUUGGAGUCGAUGGGGGCGGUGCUGUAUGUUAAGACUAAUGUGCCGCAGUCGCUUAUGAUGUCUGACUCCUACAACCAUGUCUUCGGCCAGUCGAUCAACGCCUUCAACAGCAAGCUCAUCUCCGGCGGAAGUUCCGGUGGCGAGGGCGCACUGAUUGGCACUGGAGGCAGUAUCCUGGGAAUUGGCACAGAUAUCGGAGGGUCCAUUCGCAUUCCGGCGAAUUUGCAGGGACUGUAUUCGAUCUGUCCGAGCAGGGGCCGCGUGCCGUGGAACUGCUCUUUCAUGCACCAACACUACCUCGUGCCCCCCGUCGCUGGCCCCAUGGCCCGCAGCCUUUCGUCCGUGGAGCACUUCAUGCACGCCCUUCUCGCCUCGGAGCCCUGGACGCUGGACCCAGGCUGUGUCCCGAUCCCGUGGCGGACGGAGCUGGCUGCGAAGCCGGCGCGGAAGUUGAGGGUGGGGAUCAUCCAUGAUGACGGGGUCGUCAAGCCGCAGCCGCCGAUUGCGCGGGCGAUGCGCGAGGUGGAGCAGAAAUUGAAAGAUGCUGGGCAUGAGGUGAUCCCCUACCCCACGACGCUCCACGAAGAAGGCACCGCCCUCUGGACAAAAGCCAUUUUAGCCGACGGAGGCCAACACUGCCGGUAUCUAUGCGACAUAGUUGGCGAACCGUUGAUCGAGGGGAUGGUUGUGGGCACUCCGGAGGAUGAGUUAUCGGUUGAAGAGAGGGAGAAGCUCGAAGAAACAAAAUGGACCUACCAGGAGACCUACCUCUCCCAAUGGACCUCCCACGCCAUCGACGCCCUCCUCAUGCCCGUAACACCGUGGGUCGGCUACCGUCCGAAAUCCUGGGUUGUCAGCAACCAGUGGCUGGGGUACACGGCGCUGUGGAACCUGCUGGACUACGCGGCCGUGACUGUGCCCGUGACGCGGGCGGACGCGACGCUCGAUGACCCGAGCGGCCCAGAACAGGAGGGCUGGAGGGGCCAUACGGUGCGGAAUGAGGCGGAUCGCUUUAAUUUUGAACAAUAUGAUAUCGAUUUGGUCAAGGAUAUGCCGAUCACGGUGCAAGUGGUUGGGGGCCGUUUUGGAGAGGAGAAGGCGAUGGCGGUUGCGAAGGUUUUGGAGGAGGUCUUGAGAUAG